UAUGAAUUGCCCUCCGAUCCUGCUGCUUCUCUUGCUGGGGACAGUUUCUGCUCUUCAUCUGAGAAAGGAUGCCCCCAAACUGGAGAUGCCAGAGACGGUGACAGAUCCCAGUCAGAAUCUAGAAUGCUCAGGGGAGCCAGAGGGAGAGUUGGCCCUCGCUGAGAAGGAGAUUCCGUCAGAGGGGGCGGCGUCUGAGGCUGCUGAGUGUAAAGAGUGCCCUGAGAAAGAGGAGCCCCUGGAUCUAGAGUCAGCUCCCGUGGACAAGGACUUGCAGUGCCCCAGAGAAGAGGAAACAGUUCGAGUGCUUGGCACCCCUGGAUGCAAGACCUGUGGGUUCCGGCUGGUGCUGGCACAGCAGACAUUCGUAAAUGCUCAGGCUGUCUGCCAGAGGUGCUACGGAGGCAGUCUUGUCUCCAUCCAUAACUUCCACACAAACUCCCAAAUCCUGUGUACUGUCAGUAGGCUCAAUGUGUGCCAGGUGUGGAUUGGAGGCUUCCUUAGGUGCCUGAACUUUCAAUGGACUGAUGGGACCUGCUGGAAUUAUGCCUACUGGGCCCCAGGACAGCCAAGGUGUGGGUGUGGCAACUGUGUGGCCAUGAACACUAGAGGGGGUGGCUGGCGACGAACUCCAUGCGUACAGCCUCUGCCUUUCAUCUGCUCCCGCUAAGCCAGGGAUGCCGAGACCCUCCCUUGCAGCCCUCUCCCUGCA